UACCUCCUUCAUUUCCGCCAUGGAGGACAAGCAGAGGGCUCAGAGGCAACAGGGGCAGCUUCACUGAGGGAGACUCUCUGACCCUGGGAGGACUCAGCGUUGCCAUGCUGCUCUGUUCCGUUGGAAAGGGACUUCGUUCUACUCUCUGUCCGCAGUCUCUCUUCUACAUUAUAGGAAGGAGAAUUUCUCUGAGCAAAUCAUUGGGAGACUCUAAAACAGAAAUAAAUGGAGACAAGACAGAUAAUUCUUCUAUCCAUGAGAGUGACUCAGGAUCCCAGGAACCCACCGUGCCACCCCCACCCACGCAUUGCUGUAUGAGUGGGUGCCAUAACUGUGUAUGGAUUUCCUACGCAGAGGAGCUCCUGGAACUAUACAAAGAUGGAGGAGAGCGGGUCCUUCGUGCCCUUGAGGAGAAAAUUCAGGAUGAGAAUCUUAAAAUGUUCAUAAAAAUGGAAAUCAAGUUUCGAAUUAAAAGGGACGGGCAUUGAAAUCACAUUAGC